AUGUCAAUAACAAUAUCAACUUCUUCUCUACUUCUUCCUUUACAAUUUUCACCAAAAAGAAGGUCAUCGAAAGCUUCGAUAAGAACUCCGACGUUGGCAAUAAGAAGAGAAGCACAUGAUCAAAACUACAACUCUAAUGAUUUUCAUCGUGUAGACGAGAACUUAAUAGUCCUUCGAAAGAGAAUCCAUGAGAUGAAGAUGGUAGAGACGAAUCACGAGCCUCCUAUUGAAUGGAUGGCUUGGGAGAAGAGUCUUUAUAUGGAUUACGACUCGAAUAUUUGUGAGUUAAUGGGAUUAUUGCAAGCCCAAUUGAUGGACACAAGGCCAAGCUUGGUUUUGGGUAUGGUUGGGCUCAUUGCAUUAAGUGUGCCCACUUCAACUAUUGUGGUUUUGUUUCAUUUGUUAGAGUUAGCAAAAGCGAUUUUGGCUAAUGGAUUACAUAUUCCUUAA